CACUUCCGGUAUCACCUGUGUGGUUACCGGGAGCUGUAAACAAGGUGUGCAAGCAUCCAGAGAGCUGUCGGGAUGCAGCAGAGCGGAGCGGGUGGAGGCCGUGGCUGCGCUCUGCUCCCACUGCUGGGCGUCCUGCUCUUCCAGGGUGUUUACAUCGCCCUUUCCUUGGAGAUUAAAGCGGAUGCGCAUGUCCGGGGUUACGUUGGAGAGAAGAUCAAGUUGAAAUGCACCUUCAGGUCGACUUCAUCUAUCACUGACAAACUCACCAUAGACUGGACGUACCGACCCCCCAGCAGCAGUCGUACUGAAUCCAUUUUUCAUUAUCAGUCUUUCCAGUAUCCAACCACAGCAGGCACGUUUCGGGAUCGAAUUUCCUGGGCUGGAGAUGUGUACAGAGGGGAUGCGUCUAUAAGCAUCAGCAACCCUACCCUCAAGGACAAUGGGACAUUCAGCUGUGCCGUGAAGAAUCCCCCAGACGUGCACCAUAACAUUCCCGUGACAGAGCUAACAGUCACAGAGAGGGGGUUUGGCAUCAUGCUCUCCUCUGUGGCCCUCCUCUCCGUCCUUGUCUUCGUCCCCUCAGCCGUGGUGGUUGUCCUGCUGCUGGUGAGGAUGGGGAGGAAAUCAGCUGGGCUGAAGAAGAGGAACAAGUCUGGCUACAAGAAGUCGUCUAUUGAGGUGUCAGAUGACACUGACCAGGAGGAGGCGGACGACUGCAUGGCGAGGCUUUGUGUUCGUUGCGCCGAGUGCCUGGAUUCAGACUAUGAAGAGACAUAUUGAUGAAAGGCUUCAUGAUGUAAGAGGAGUCACCUGAUAGAAAAUAUCCCAUCCCACUGGCAGCUAAAGCCUCUCAGAGAAUCGAAGCUGCUUGGAUCACUGUGCUGGAGGAUUCUGGAAGCCAUCCGUAGAGACGUUAGGAACCAUUUAUUUAUUGAACAACUGUUCUUUUUAUAUUUAUGAACUGUUCAGGAACUCCCAGAAGAAACUCCUACCUACCCCUUCCAAUAACUUAUGCUCUAAUUGAAUGAAGGAAUUCUCUUCCUGAAUAGAAAGAAACUUUUUGUUUUUGCCUUUGCCCUUGAACGUCUUACGUGCUUUCUUCUGGUUACUUGAGGGAAAAUCCUAAAUGUUGGCCACACCGCUGAGGCCAAAAUAUUUUUAAAAAAUGAAAUGGAGCUUGUAGUGUCCAGAUGUGCGGCGAGACGAGAUGUUUGGGAUAAGUAUUCUUUGGCACUUGCUCCGUGAAUGCUUUCAGCUGUGGAUCAGCACACAGCAUGUACUCAUUGGUUUAAUGACAUCAUCCAUUGUGUUUGGGUGACUCGGAACUCUAAUUUCCAUAGAGUCGGUAGGGCCCGGAGCCCAUGGUUUGCUUUGACCGGGUUUUUAAAGUAUUAAAGUGUCGUCAGUGUCCAAUUAAGGAAAGGAACGGUGAUGUAGAGGGAUCCCUUUCUUUUGUGUUGCUAGGUGCAGCUUGGAAAGGUUUUUUUUUUUUUGUGGGGAAAUGUAUAGAAUAUUUUAUCAGUUAUUUGCAAAGAAAUCAUCUUUUUUUUUUUUUUUUUUUUAAAAUGCCACUCCAGAGUUCAAAUGUUGGAUUUAUUUUUUUUUUUAUUUUUUUUUUUCAACGUUUAUUUAUUUUUGGGACAGAGAGAGACAGAGCAUGAACGGGGGAGGGGCAGAGAGAGAGGGAGACACAGAAUCGGAAACAGGCUCCAGGCUCCGAGCCAUCAGCCCAGAGCCCGACGCGGGGCUCGAACUCACGGACGGCGAGAUCGUGACCUGGCUGAAGUCGGACGCUUAACCGACUGCGCCACCCAGGCGCCCCUAAAUGUUGGAUUUAUUUUAACGAGGCUUAUGUUUAUCGGAAAUCAUCUUUUGACCUUUGUUGUUAUUCAGAACUUUUCUGAGUUCUAAAAUGCGCCAAAUAUGAGUGAACCAAGGUAUUUGCAAACUGUUUUUGUUUAUGUCAUAUUUGACAUAAGGAAGUGAGGUCUAUACUUCUCUAUAGUCUAUACUUCUCAUUUCUAUCCUCUCAGUACCUUAUGUCAGCUUCCUCCAUUUUCCUGCAGCAACUGAUUUCAAAUUUUAAUUUAUACGGGAUUUUCUACAAGCCAUUAAGUAAUACGUGUGACAUGUCCGGAAGGGCUGAUAGUAUAGUCCUCUGUAAAAGAGCGAUAGAGUUCACUUCUCGAUUAUGAGAGACAAAAAUUAUCCUCCCUCCUCCCAUCUUUGUUUUUUGUUUUGUUUUGUUUUGUUUUGCUUUCCCAUGGUUCUUCACUAGGUGGCUAGGGAGGUUUCCAUAUUAUAGCCUAAUAACGCCCCAUAUGUUACACAAAAAAAUCAUUUUGCCCAGAUUUAUGUUUAAAAUUUUGGGUCAUUAGUUCUGGAAGUCAUCAGUAAAGACUUUAAGAAUUAUGAUAUGGGUUUGGCCUGGCCUCUUUUGUUAAUCUAGUCCAUACAUAAGGGAGUCUGGUUCAUUAACAGAUAUUACGAUUUACCUCUGGUCACGUAAGGAAGUAAAAGAGGCAAAGACACAUUGACUGUUUAUUUCCAGUGGUUGAGCCUCAGAGUCUUGGGCUAUUUGUCAAGUAUAUGGUUGUCUGGGGCCAGCCUGCUGACAGACACUCUGACACCACAGCAGAGAGGGGAAAACAUAUUUGAGCAACAAGAGUAAAUAAUUUGGGUUCUGGGAGAUUUGAAGAUAGGGACCCAAUUGUGGGGUAGACUUUUUGUGGGUCUGAGAAAGAGAUGAUGUGACAGGAACCCAGUUAAAACCGCAUUUCAUGAAUUGAGGAACCGGGUUUGUCUGGGGUUUCUUGUAAUUUCCUUUCAGGUGUGUUAUGAGGAUUAAUCCAGUUGUAGUAAGCUUGUCACUGUAGGUAAAGGGUGCUGUGUGACCACUUGGUCAUGUUAUUUUGUAGCCUCGAUCGUGAUUUGAACAAGUCCCUUUCUUUUUAAGUGACCGAACAACAGCAUCCUUCGUGGUAAGAGAGUAGGCUGGGGAUUUAGUCGUCUCCGUGGGUUUACGGUCGCACCAGUCAUAAGGCUUCUGUCGGCGUUCUUCUUUAUCUCUUACAUUGAGGUCUGGGUUACAGCCUUCCCCCCACCCCCAAAAGGAGCAAAAAGCAGUUCCUUUUUUUUAAAGAUGGAAGAAAGAUAACUUUUUUUUUUUUUUUCAACGUUUAUUCAUUUUUGGGACAGAGAGAGACAGAGCAUGAACGGGGGACGGGCAGAGAGAGAGGGAGACACGGAAUCGGAAACAGGCUCCAGGCUCCGAGCCAUCAGCCCAGAGCCCGACGCGGGGCUCAAACUCACGGACCGCGAGAUCGUGACCUGGCUGAAGUCGGACGCCUAACCGACUGCGCCACCCAGGCGCCCCAAGAUAACUUUUUUUUUAAAACGUACUCUUUUUAAUAACUUCUAAGGUGCUAUUCUCCCUCUCUCUCGUUUUCUUUUCGCUGCUCUGUAUGCAGAACACAUCGAAUGAAGACCAGCCUUGUCUAGAAAGGGAAUUGAAUUCUGAAAGCUUCAGAGGGGGUUAAAAGCCUUUCAGAAUUUUUCUUUGGCUGCCUGCCGGAGGCUUUACUCGUGGCUACACUAUCUUACAAGUUUCGUGCAUUGAGCUCUCAAUUCUGUUAUCGAAUGUGAAUUUAUGAAAUGCUUUGUGUUUCCCACGGGUCCCCUUGCCCCAGGCUUCGUGGAGAAGGUACUGGGUCUCCGCAACUCCCAAAUCGUGCGCUGGUGUUUCAAGAGGGAAUGUUGAAUGUUCCUGUUUAAGGAGAAUGUUUUGAGGCCAAAUCCUCAAUCUGAACGUUCUGUCGUGCCACUCAGUUACGGUUCUAAAAGGGAGCCGGGAAGACCCCUGGAGAGCGGACCAAGACUGUCAUUUAAUUGCACAACUGGAAACUUCGCUGCCAGAAGAGGCAGCUCCAUUCAUUCGAUUCCUGCGUUGGACUGUUGUUAACCGCUGCAUUUCACAGCGUUUUUUUUUGUUGUUUUGUUUUGUUUUGUUUUGUUUUGUUUUGCAGGAGAGUGUGCACCGUUGGGCCAUGUGCACAGAUGUUGUAACUCUUGAUAUCUUUACCACAUCAGAGUUAAUAAACUGCUUUGCACUUUCUGGCUA